AUGAACUACGAGAUGGCAAUCACAGCGGAGCAAGAAUUAUACGAUAAGGUCAACGAGCAAAUGGAAUUAACUAAGACGAUCAACGAUCUGGAGGAUAUGAAGACAGAGAUAAGUGAACAAUUAAGACUAGUACACGUGGCCUUAAAUAAAUUGUAUGGAGGCAAUGCCAAUACCAAGCAGCCAUCAACAACAAAGGAAAAAUCCAACUACACGGAACCGUGAGUUAAGUUGCCACAGAUCCAAUUGCCCAUAUUUAAAGGAGAUGAAUCUAUGCGGACGGCAUUCUGGGACACCUUCAGGUCCUUAAUACAUGACAAUCAGACCCUCUCCAAUAUAUUUAUCAAAGUUCCAAUAUCUAUUGUCAGGUUUACAAGGCGAUGCAAAAAAGGCGGUGGAUGGGUACACGGUCACAGCUGAGAAUUAUGACCUCGCAUUACAUACGUUGCAAGUUCGGGUUGGCCAAUCUACCCGCAUCAGACAGUCUCUGAUAGAUCGGUUGCAUAAAUUGAGGCCACAAUCUAAUUCACCACCGAAUCUAAAGUCAUAUGUGCUGGAAGUUGAUGCGUUACGACAACAGUUGAACAAACAAGACGUCCUCCGUAACUUCCCCUUGAGUACUUCGAAUAUAUUUUAUGCCAAAAUUUGCCGGCAAAGAUCACCGAAAAAUUACAGGACUCCAAACGAUUGGCAGAUAUUAAUUCUAUUGACUUUGUUUGACUGUUAUUGGACAUAAUAGAAGAUAAAAAAGUAAAUUGCUUUCUACAUCCAAUUAAAAUCUUUGGAAACUUUGGAUCAGAGAAGGCCACAACUGCUAUGGUAGACAUGUCAACCUGCUCUUACGGUGAUGGAAAAUGUAGGACAAAACCAAACGAACUCAUAAGAUAUGGCUUAUAAAAUGGAGGUCCCGGCGGGAGCAGUGAGCCAAUACAAGUCAGCUUCAGGACCCAUCCGUUCAACUUUGGGCCCCUUAUUGGCACUGGCAAAACAAGCUAUAACCCACGUAAAACACCAAGAACCGUAAGUGGCGCAAAAACAACAAUCAUUGUAAUGUUUUGAAGGAUUCAGCACACACGAAUAACGCAACAAACAUCACGAUACGUAACAUAACUCGCGGCUAUUAUAAUUAGUACAUAGAUUUCGUGAUAUUUAUCAUUUUGCUUCAUUAACCCAAGCUAGACUUUGAGGAAUAAAUACUAUCAAUUGGUACAAUUUGGUAACAAAGGCAUGGUCAAGCCUCGUGGCCAAAAAAUUUGAAUUUACCCGGAACUCUCCUUAAAUUUCCGAUCAUUGCUAUACAGCGUAAGUUAGCUUUCACGUUUUCCAAACACCUGUAUACUACGUAAGUUAGCUUUCUUUUUCUCAAUCAACUGCAUUAUAAAUUUCCUGUCGCUGUGUAAUAAUCGGAAAGGAUUGCGAAAGGAAUUUGAGAAGAAGAAGACAUGAGAAAUCCAACAAAUCUUCCUUCUUGACCAGGUAGAUAGCGAUCUAUUUCUGGUCUACCCGCCUCGCCAACCAAACCCAAACCCAGUAACGGACGUGAUAUUAAUCAACAUCUCAAGCGAAUGUCGACCAGACGUCGUGUCUAAUCUGACCUUACCAUACUUUGGGAUCGGCUCAUCCACCGAACUGCACAACAUCACAAUGGCGGUGCACCGUCCAACCAGAGAGCUCUACAGGAGCCUGCUCCUAAAGAAACCAAAGAGGAGACCAAUCCUUUAUCAAGGAAUGACCCUACAAGGAAUCAUGGACGACAAUAUGACAUCCUUCGGGAUCCAGGAGUUCAACGCAGAAUACUCUCCAACGGCAGGAACAUUGCUUAUGGAAUUUUAUGUCAAACCCAGGCGAGAAUUCGUUAGUAGUACAACGACUGUCCAGGACAUCGACAAUUUGCGACCAGUGAUGGUAUGGGCCUUCCUGCUCAAAAUAAUGGAGCUAGGAUUGGCAGAUCAAGACCACGGACUAAGAGCAGUCUUAAAUAAGUUCCAAAAAGUGGAUGAAGAAGGGAGGAAGAUUCACCUCAUACCGAGAAACAGUCGUAUUUUACGAUCAGUUUACAACGAUCAGUUUACAAUUAUCCGGUACAGCCGUCCGUGUGGAACUACCAGGCAUCGCCGACUUCGCCUUCCGACCAGGAACAACUGGAAUUAG